CAGCCUGGUUGUGGACAUGUGGAGUCCUUCACUCCGUGGAGCGUUUGGACGCCUGCUGUCAUUCCCACAGCAGCCCACUCCCACAGACAGCUGCCUGACCUUCUACUACAAACUCUACGGGCCGAACGCAGGUGCUCUGAACGUGAAGCUGACCGACGGCCUCGGAUAUGAGGUUUUACUGUGGACCCGCAGCGGCGCUCACGGCAACGAUUGGCACGAAGCGCACUGCCCAGUGCCGCAGCAAAACGCAAACUUUCAGAAUAUGAAAUCUCCAGAAUGUCACUGUUACCUAGCAACGCCAGAGAAGCUCACCUUCUUUACGGUCUACGUCAAACCCCAGAAGGGAGAGAGAGUCCCGAUCUUCUCUGAGAACCUGAAUGAGGGAGACGACUGGCGUCACGCCAACGGCAACAUCUCCGUUGGACUUGUGUCCUGGCAGUUGGAGUUUGAGGUCGUCGGGUCAGGAAGUCGAGGUUCCCACGUUGCUAUUGAUGACAUCACAGUCUCGGCUCAUCCAUGUGAAGACCAAGGGUCCAAGUGCAGUCUGGAGAACGGGAUGUGCAGCUGGAUCAACAUCCAGGACAGAGAACGGGAGAAGCUGGACUGGGAGCUGACCAGUCCGGAGAAGGAAAAGCAUUAUCCCGUCCCGCCUGAAGACCACACACUGGGAACAGAGAAAGGUCACUUCCUGUUCUUCCCAAGCAGCAACCGGACAGCAGCCAAUCAAAACGCCUGGCUGGUGAGCCCUCAGCUGCCGCCGGUUCAGUGUGAGUCCUCGAAGCCGGACAACGCCGGAGGAAUCGCUGCCUCUGUGAUCGUGGUGGUGCUGCUGAUCRGCACCCUGGUCGCUCUGCUCGUCUUCUACCUGCGAACCAAACCMGACGCCAUGGCUCCAUCGCUCGCUGUGGGCAUUAGUAACGAAGGAUAUGUUCCAGUGAGUUAA